UCAAUGAUUAACGUUCUCCCAGUCUCUCCCUCUCUUGUUUCUCUCUCAGUCUCUGACUCUGUUUCUUAGGGUUUUGGUCCUUUCAGAUCUUCAAAUUCAUCAACACUUCUCCGAUCUGAUCUCUGCCUGAAAAUGCCAGCGGUUUACGGAGCUCGCUUGACCACCUUCGAAGACUCCGAGAAGGAGAGUGAAUACGGUUACGUUCGUAAGGUUUCAGGACCAGUGGUGGUUGCUGAUGGCAUGGCUGGGGCUGCUAUGUAUGAAUUAGUGCGUGUCGGUCGUGAUAACCUCAUUGGCGAAAUUAUUCGUUUGGAGGGGGAUUCUGCUACCAUCCAAGUUUAUGAGGAAACAGCUGGUUUAAUGGUUAAUGAUCCUGUCUUACGGACACACAAGCCUUUGUCCGUGGAGUUGGGGCCUGGAAUAUUGGGGAAUAUUUUUGAUGGCAUUCAGAGGCCUUUGAAAACUAUUGCUAAAAGAUCCGGUGAUGUGUAUAUUCCUCGUGGUGUGUCUGUUCCAGCACUCGACAAAGAUGUACUAUGGGAGUUUCAGCCUAAAAAAAUUGGUGAAGGAGACCUAUUGACUGGUGGAGAUCUAUACGCUACUGUUUUUGAGAACAGUCUAAUGCAACACCAUAUUGCUCUUCCUCCUGAUGCCAUGGGAAAGAUUACUUACGUCGCACCACCUGGUCAAUAUUCCUUGAAGGAUACUGUAUUGGAGCUUGAGUUUCAAGGUGUCAAGAAAAAGUUCACCAUGCUUCAGACUUGGCCAGUACGUACACCAAGGCCUGUUGCAUCAAAACUUGCAGCUGAUACUCCUCUUCUUACUGGUCAGCGUGUUCUUGAUGCUCUUUUCCCCUCAGUUCUUGGCGGGACAUGUGCCAUACCCGGAGCUUUUGGUUGUGGUAAAACAGUCAUUAGUCAGGCUCUUUCUAAGUAUUCAAACUCUGAUACCGUUGUUUAUGUUGGAUGUGGGGAACGUGGAAAUGAAAUGGCAGAGGUUCUGAUGGACUUUCCACAACUUACAAUGACAUUGCCUGAUGGUCGUGAAGAAUCUGUCAUGAAGCGUACAACACUAGUGGCUAACACUUCAAAUAUGCCAGUGGCUGCUCGUGAAGCUUCAAUUUAUACAGGUAUCACUUUAGCUGAGUAUUUUAGAGACAUGGGUUACAAUGUCAGCAUGAUGGCAGAUUCAACAUCUAGAUGGGCUGAAGCAUUGCGUGAAAUCUCUGGACGGCUGGCAGAAAUGCCUGCAGAUAGUGGAUAUCCUGCGUACCUUGCUGCACGUUUAGCCUCUUUCUAUGAACGUGCUGGGAAAGUUAAAUGUCUUGGAGGUCCUGAACGUACUGGUAGUGUCACAAUUGUUGGUGCUGUUUCUCCACCUGGAGGAGACUUUUCAGAUCCUGUGACUUCUGCAACCCUCAGCAUAGUUCAGGUUUUCUGGGGUUUGGACAAAAAGCUUGCUCAGAGGAAGCAUUUUCCUUCUGUGAACUGGCUUAUUUCUUAUUCAAAGUACUCAACGGCAUUGGAAUCCUUUUAUGAGCAAUUUGAUCCAGACUUUAUAAACAUUAGGACAAAGGCUCGUGAAGUGCUGCAAAGAGAAGAUGACCUGAAUGAAAUUGUCCAGCUUGUAGGUAAGGAUGCCUUAGCUGAAGGAGACAAGAUCACCUUAGAAACUGCAAAGCUUCUGAGAGAGGAUUAUCUUGCACAAAAUGCUUUCACCCCAUAUGACAAAUUCUGUCCCUUCUACAAGUCUGUCUGGAUGAUGCGCAACAUUAUCCAUUUUUACAAUUUGGCAAAUCAGGCAGUAGAGAGGGGAGCCGGUACAGAUGGUCAGAAGAUAACUUACAGCCUCAUCAAGCAUCGUUUGGGAGAUCUAUUCUAUCGUUUAGUGUCUCAGAAAUUUGAGGAUCCAGCAGAAGGUGAAGCUGCUUUGGUUGCCAAAUUUACGAAGCUACACGAGGACCUGACCAAUGGUUUCCGCAACCUUGAGGAUGAAACCCGAUGAUUGGAGAAUGCAUUCAUGCUCUAGUAUUAUCGUAUUGUAAGUGGCAGUCAAGGAAUCAUGUGGUGGCAUAACCCGAGCUUUCUCUGUAUGUACACGAGUCACUGUUUGGUUCGUUCAUUCUCAUCACUUUCCUUUCCUGGUGCUGGUUUGGCUUUUGAUCUAGUUGCUUCGGUAGCUAUAUUUAUAAUGUUUCAUUCAUCCCCUUAGUUAUUACAUGUUUCUUGAGAAUAAGAGAUAAAAUAUGAUAUUUCAGUAUGUAUCUGAGCGAAUAAGUUUAUUUUAGAAAUUGAAAUUCCUAUGGGCAUGCGGAUUCAUGGAUGAACCUUAAUGAGAUCGUGAUCUGUUAUGGGUGGAUUCGGUCUUGAAGCUACGAGUCUCUCGAAAAAUUUGCAUUUCAGAUUUUAGCACGACUGUCUCUGGAAGGAAAAAGUACUAAACAGCGAGAACUGUUUUUCCUUAAUUUUUGGUAGAAUGAGUUGGCAU